AUGCCUCGUGAAAAGCAAAAGAGAGGCCGUCGGGCCGAGCAGAAAGCCCAGAAAGAAGACUCAAAGCGCGAGUACGACGACACCAUCGAAGCCCCCUCCGCAAAACGCAUGAAACCUUCGAACGAUGCCGACGACACCAUCGAGCCUGCGUUCACAGAGGGUGCGGAUUAUAUUCCCUUCGACGAUGAUCAAGCCGAACAACAAGAAGCAUUUGAGAACGGAGACGAAGGAAAUGGCGAUACACCGUUUUACGGAUUGCUGGACAGCGAUGAGGCCGAGUAUUUCUCUCGUGCAAACGAAAUGCUCGAAGCCAACCAGUUCCACGACGCCGAGGAGCGCAAUAUAUUCAUAGAGAGUGUAUAUCAGGAAGCCAAUGGCAAGGAAUUGAAGAUUGCGUGUAGUCAGGGCUGCUCGAGACUGAUGGAAAAGUUGAUCUCCAUGUCAGACGCUCGACAGAUUCGACGCAUUUUUGGAAAAUUCCUCGGUCAUUUCCUUCAUCUUGUACAGCAUCGAUUUGCGAGCCACUGCUGCGAAACACUAUUCAUCCACGCUGCACCUGCAGUCAUGCAGAAGACGUCGAAAUCUCGUGCGAAGAAAUCAGAGGGCGGCGAGGAGGGAGAGGAGUCGGACCUGUCGCUUGCAGACAUGUUCCUGCGCGUGAUUGAGGAAUUGAAAGAGAACUGGGGCUAUCUUCUGACGGAGCGAUUUGCCUCGCAUACGAUUCGCGUCUUGUUGCUGGUACUCGCUGGAGAGCCGGUCGACGUUACGUCUAAAGAUUCCGUGGUUGCAAGUCGCAAGAAGGAAAGGUUGGGUCUGCCGGCCGCUGGCGCGCAAGAGGAUAAAGAUCAAGCGCCCACUCAGAAGCGUGGCGUCCCCGAAUCUUUCGAGUCCGCUCUCAAGAAAAUGAUGAGCGAGAUGGUUGCUGGAGUGGAUGACACUUACUUGAGGGCUUUGGCGACGCAACCCAUUGGAAACCCUGUUCUUCAGGUCCUUCUCUUCUUGGAACUCUCCCACUUUGGCAAGUCCAGCGCCAAAGAUCCCAAAUCCAUCCUCCGCCGAUUAGUUCCGGAUGAGUCUUUCGAGGAAGGCACAGAUAGUGCAACCUUCAUUCGUGGUCUGCUAUACGAUCCCGUGGGCUCUCGGCUGGUGGAAACCAUGGUCCGAUACACGCCGGGCAAGGUCUUCAAGAACCUGUACAAGAACAAUAUCCGUGAUCGAAUCGGAUCCCUUUCUCGCAACAGCACUGCCGGAUACGUGGUCCUACGAACACUAGAGCGACUUGGCAAAGACGACCUGCAAAAUGCCAUGGAGCUGAUCAUCCCAGAGGUUCCCGGACUUAUCGAACGCUCCCGCUUGAUCGUUCCUAAGGUGCUGAUUGAGCGUUGCUUGGUUCGUAACGUCGAUACUAUACCUUUUGCCAAGGCGCUUCAAAACGCAUAUGACGCCGAUCCAACAGUCCGCCUUGGACAAAUGCUUCGACUCGACUCGGCUUCCGACGCCGGCACACGAUCAUUUGAAGAUGAGGAAAUGCACGAUGCCGAUGGAGAUUCUCACAAGCAACGCCAGAAUCAACAAUCAGGCCCCGGGUCGUCCGUUUCUGCUGCAGAGAAAUUGCACGGGUCACUGUUGACGCAAGUGAUGCUCACAGCCCCGGGCCCACUCAGUGAUCUCGUCUAUUCCAGUCUUCUAGCGCAGUCCCCCGAAACAAUCGUCCAGCUUGCCAAGGAGGCGACCUCAUCCCGUGUUCUACAACAAGCCUUGACUCUCCCAACCUCCACACUUCAGUUCCGACGACAAUUCAUCCCUCGCUUCCAGGGUCACCUCGCGGAGCUGGCGCAGGAUAACUCUGGGUCACACGUGGUUGACGCCCUUUGGCCCGCCUCCAAAGAUGUCUACUUUGUCAAGGAACGAUUGGCUCAGGAACUCGCGGAGCACGAAAUGACUCUCCGUGACUCCUUCCUCGGCCGCGCGGUUUGGCGCAACUGGUCGAUGGAUCUCUACAAGCGUCGUCGUGGCGAGUGGAAAGCUCGGGCCAAGGGUAUUGAACAAGACCCGGCCACCACUGGAGGGAGUGGAGAACGGCCCAAGUCCAAGUUGGAAUUGGCACGCGAGCGAUUUGCUGCCAAACAGGCUGCUGCUGCUGCUGCUGCUGCUGCUGAUGUCGCCCCGGCGGAGUCAUAG